AGCAACACCCAAUCGGAGAAUUUGAGUAAAAACUUUUAAGUGGGAGUAUACAUUGAGCUAGCCUAUAUACCCAGUCACCUCAACAGCGUCAACGACCAACCAUUCAUUAUCCGCCAUCCGAAUCUACCAUGAAGAAAACACCAAGGAUUUUUGGAAUGCUCCUGUUUUUAUUUUUUAUCCACGCAAUUAAAGCUGUAGACACCAACAGAACGUGUACAAGACUAACUUGUCCAGUCAACACAUGCGUGAAACAGAAGAUACAAACUGUUAAAAACGUAACUGAUGAUCUUAAGAAAACUAUUGCAGAACAAGGAAAGGUACUUACAGAACAAGGGAACAGAAUUGCAGAACAAAGAAAUAUAACCACGCAGUGCAAAAGCAUAACUGAUGAUCUUCGGAAAAAUAUUGCAGAACAAGGAAACAUAAUUGCACAACUGAUAGCAAGACAAGAAGGGACAAAUGUUAAUAUUACAUUUCAAAUCCAAGAACUAUACCAAUAUCUUCACCUUCAGCUAAAUGGUACACUUGGUCCCCCUGGUCCUCCCGGUGCAACCGGACAAACUGGUCCCACUGGAGCAACUGGACAAAUCGGUCCUCCUGGUGCCGCUGGAGAAACUGGUCCGACUGGCGCAACUGGGCAAACUGGUGAUGGUGGUAUGCUUCUAGGCAUACCCCAAAGAGUUAUCUAUGGUCCUGCAGCGUGGUAUUUUUAUGGAAACAAU